CAAGAUAAAAGUACGAUAACUCGAAGAACUCUUUUAAUAAGAACAUUACGUGUUUGACUGUGGUCACAAAAUGUUCCGUAUUUUUUUAACAAUUUUGUGUCUUCUGUUUACCGAAACAUUGCAAGAAACAUACAUUUUAAACAACGAGAAAUGUAAAAUCCCAGAUUUGGAAAUUUUGAACGAAGAUGUUAGAGAUAUUAUACAGCCAAAUCCUUACAUCCCUUGCAACAAAACCGAACUUUUGACCCAUGUGACCAAAAACGGACCCAAAUUUGAGUUACACCUAAGAGAGGAUUUAUUUCCUCAAUACUUCACUCAAAACAUUACGUGUUGUUACUCGUACGUAACGAGAAACGGAUCAGUUGAACUCCCUGAUGUUGGUAUCAGUAUUUCACCGUGUGUCCCUUUUCACAAGAAGAUAGUUUUAGAGCAAGAUAUAGUUAAAGUCGUUUGUCGCGAUAAUAAUCAAUCAGUGGUUUACGAAAACGUGCAUGUUACUAUCAAACCCUCAAAACCACUCAAAAACACGUCCCAACCAUUCAGCGUUUUGUUUGUAGUAGUUGACAGUAUUUCUCGCCUCAAUUUCCACCGAACAAUGCCAGAAACCGCAAAUUUCCUCAAAAAACGAAACUUUAUCGAAAUGAAAGCCUACUCAAAAGUGAACGAUAACACGUUCCCAAAUUGCAUGGCCCUCCUGACUGGGUUUUCGCUAAGCCAGUCGUACCAGCACUGCAACCCGCACAAGAAAAGUGCCCUAGACAACUGUCCCAUGAUCUGGAAGGACUUCCAUCAACAUGGGUACACCACAGCCUACGCCGAAGACAACUCACGCAUUGCUACCUUCAACUACCUCAAAAAAGGCUUCACGAACCCACCAACAGACUUCUACUUCAAACCCUACAUGGAGGCCACCGAAACCCUCAGAAUCCAGCACCGACAUUCCAUGCCAUUCUGCACUGGCCCUGAAAGCGCCGGUGAACGCAUCCUGAACCUAGCCAAAGAUUUUGCCAUCACGUUUAAACACAAUCCCAGUUUUGGCAUUUUCUGGAUGAACACUUUCAGUCAUGACGAUGUCAAUGCGCCAUUCACCAUGGACGCGAAACUGAGCGAUUUUUUCCGGGAUUUGGACGAGGCUGGGGUUUUGGACGAAAGCUUCGUUUUUUUGUUAAGUGACCACGGGAUUAGAUUUGGCCCAAUGGUGGGAACCAACAGCGGGUGGCUGGAGGGACGAAUGCCACUGAACAUGAUCUCAGUUCCGGCAAAAUUCAAGCGGGAGUUUGGACGCGAGUACGAGAAUUUGAAACAAAACUCGGGGAAAUUAACAAACACUUAUGACAUGUUCAUGACUUUGCAACACAUUUUAACACUGGGGGGCGUCCGGCAUGAAGUUAGGCCGAGUCAAGGGUGUCCCAACUGUGUUUCGCUUUUUGACCCAAUUCCCGAUAGGUCCUGCCAGGAGGCGGCCAUUCCCUACGCAUGGUGUCCCUGUUUUGGGCGUUUGAAAACACUUAAUCCUUUCGAUGUUCAAAGUGCGAUCACGUACACACUGUCCAAGGCAAAAAGCGAGAUUUUGGCACAGUGUGAUAUUGAUAAUUUGGACCCUCAUGUCGAUUCAGUCAGUGUUUCUGAACCGGACCAUGAAAAAAAUCAGAUACUUUUCGUGGUCUUUCAUGUGGAAAGCGCCAUUGGUUUGGCAACAGUCAAAUUCAAAGAUGUAGUCACGGAAAAAUCGUUAUUUUAUUUCAGGUUUAUUUAUUUGUACAAUAUUUGCAAGCAAGAUAAUUCUUGAAUAAUUUAAACAGAUAUUUAUCCAACAUUGCACCCAUCUGUCCUGCAAUAUUUAAUCGACUGGUAACCACCGUUUUUCCGCACCAAAUCGUCAAACUUAUCGAACGUUAUUAUACGAUUUUGCUCAAAAGGGGCGCACCCUUUGUACACCUCAUCUACAAGUCCAAAUCAAUCAAUCAUUUUUCACCAUCUAGUGUGUUACUUCUAAAUUUCAGAAUGUAACAAUAAUCAGUACACUCGUCAUAAACGGUUCGUAAAGGACAAGAAGCGUAACAUCUUAUGCAGCGAAACCCUAAAAGCACGAUUUAUUACGUUUCGUCAGUCGGGACUCACCUUCAGAAGGGCACAAGACUGGAGCAAGUCCAAGGAGAAUCAACAUUACUUUCAUUUCGACCGAACUGAGCGAAAAAUUGAUUGCGUUUGCGACUUUGAAUUGAAUUGUUUUGACUUGAACUUGGGUGAUUUUAUGACCCAUAAAAAUCUGUUUUUCUCUCUGUGUUAACCACCAAGACACGGUUUUCUCCAUUUGUUUAUAAUUUAAGUACCACAAUAAAGAUUUAAUAA